GCUUGUUGGGAAAGAGUUUUUCCGUGGGAACUAUGAGUGGUUUGAUACAAGCAACUUCUGGCUCAAUGCAGGCACAACAGGGUCAUUGCUAGUACGACUGGUCAUUGAAAUUGAAGGGACUCCACCGGAAAGCAAUUAUGAAGGUCGACGCUCUGAUACUUCUUUACCUCAACCUUUGCACCUCAAGUUUACUUUCACUGAUCAGGAGGGUGAUAGUGCAUCACUACAGUUUGAACAAGGGAAUUCUCCUCUUGAUCUAGCUACAAGGGAGACAAGGAUUAAUGGCUGGUGUGGAAAAUCUGCAGAGGACAUGCUUUCCUGGUCUUUUGCUGAUGAUACUACAUCAAACAAGAGGAGUGAUUUUGCAUUUUACAAGGAUAGUAACGGGCAAAUCUGUUACCGCCCAGCACCCCUUGGUAAUGGUGGGCAGUAUUUCUAUAUUGAGCAUUCACUCAAAAAGUUUGGGUACAAAGGCAAGAGCAAUGGCCAAGGAGAGGUUGAGAUAACUGACUGGAAGAAAGAAUCAAAAGGAUCAAGUAUUACACCUUAUGCUCUUGUUGAUGUGGAAACUGGAACAGCUUAUGGAAUAAAGGUUCUCAUUGUAACACCAACUUCAAAGACAACGAGUUACUUCUUGUGUCCACGGCCUCCUUCUCCUGGUAGUAAUAUUCUCACUGUUAAAGACAGCAAGAUUGGCAUAAAAGGUGACGUGAAUGUUAGCUGGAAAGUUUACAGGUGUAGCAAGUCUGAUCAGAUUUAUAUUUAUCCAGUCAAUGGCAAAUCACAUGUGUCAAGCUCACUGAGUAAUAAGAACAAGUCACUGGAGGGUGAAGGAAAAUUGAAGGGCCCUGAUAAACCUGGUGAAUAUGAGGUUCGUUAUUAUCCAGCAUGGCUCAAAGGUUCAAGCACUGGUCAUCGUCAUGAUAUCUAUAUUGCAAGUGUGAGAUUUACUGUUGCUGUCUAAACUAGUAAUAGUAUAAGUUUAUUAGAUUUUAUAAUUUGUUACUUAACUGCUGCUUUAGAAUUUAUUUUUAUAAAAAUUUUUGUAACUACCUAAGACUAAACUACAA